GACAGGUUUGCUCAAGGUGAGGACGGUUACUCAUGAUGCUCUGCCUGCGUGGACACGCACACCUGCAGCAGUUGCGGGCUGCCGUCUUCUGGCUCGGCCUGAUACAACUGCUGCCCGCGUCAGAGACAGCGACUCCAGCGUCCACAGCGCCUCGCUGCAUCUGCUUCGUCAAGCUCUCCAGCAGCGACCAGAGCCCGUGGGUGCUGCCGCGCAUCGGCAGCCUACGCUGCGCGGCUGCUGAACCCGGACUGCUGCGCUGCCGUUGGCGCCACACGCCCUGCGGCCGAGUACGUCGGCCGCCUGGACUCCACUGCUUCGGCAACGGUACGAAGAACGACGUCAGCGGGAAAACGGAGGAGCAGGAGCCGUGGCGUACGAUGGACGCUUCGCAACGCUACCUGGCUUGCGUGUUCGGCACCUGCGGACACGCGUGCGCUUUCUGCACACGGGUACAGCCUGGCUCCGGAAUCGGCGUGUCUCUGCGCUCCGUCGAGUACUCGCCCUUCCUGGUGGGCGUCGAGUGGCGGCGCGUGCUUACCUUCUCGUCGCUGGCGGCGACACUGCGCAGGCGCCGCUCAGCGCGCCGGUACCGCAUCGGGGUCACCACCUGCUGGUCGAGGAAAGAACAGCCUUGCACGCUUCGAUGUGGACCCGAGGAACCCGUCUCUCUAUCGGGACCCGCGGGUUCCUUCAGCGUGCCAGCCGACCUGUACAGCGGCAGCGUGCAGCUGCGGGUGCGAGGCUUGGGCCGGGACCGCCCGGGAGCCGCCGUCUUCCGAGCGUACUUCCACAGAAAGCAAAUCGAGCCAAGCAGCCCGUGCGAUGUCACCGUGAGAACCUUGGGCUGGUCCGUGGUGCGACUCAGCUGGAAGGCCCGGCCACAUGCGCAGCUCGAUGGCUUUGAGGUGCACUGGUGCCGAGCAGACAGCACGCUUCCACGUGGCUGCUCCGAGCUCCACCUUCCGCGUAACGUCUCCUCCGUGGUUCUCAUGGGACUCGUGCCGUUCCUCAGAUACACGUACAGGCUGCGCUCCUUUCGGGGCGACCCAAACAGCUCGGACGUACUUUUCAGCUUGCCUACGACGGCCACGCGCAGAGACCGCCUGAGCUUUGAGCUGUUCCUGUACACGGAGAUGUUGGUUGUGUUCUUGCUGGCUGGAGCGCUGACCCUGGUGGCAUUGCUCACCAUUGGAUUUAUCCUGAUGCGGGCCUUGGGUCUGUCGACCUUUCUCGACAUGGAGCCCAACGAACUGGCAGCGGGCCCGGUACGGGAGAACCAGGCACAGGGUGACCACCGACGUCACGUGCCUGGCGGCGCCAGGAGGCGGCGUGCGGCAGCAGCCGCUGCUCUUCCCAGGGUUCGCUCACGGGGCGACAGCUGACCGCGACCACCACUGGACGUUCGCGCAACGCGCUGUGGACCCGCCUGUGGGCAUCUGAUGCGCCACCUACAGAGCCCAUGGAGCGUCGUCGAAGCCUGGGACUGAUUUUUCGACUAUAUUGGUGCAAGCGGAUGGGCGAAGUGGCGUGUUACUGAUUCCCGUCAAUGGCGGUUGAAUACGGUGGCCAAGAACGGGAGUGCUAUUGACGACUGACGUACCACGCUUGACAAUACAGUAUUAUAGACAAAGAAAAUUCCGCCUACACGAAAACCUAAUGGUCCGUUAUUCUCGUUGCAUAUAUGACCAUUAUUGGUUGAGAUUACCGUUGAUAUUCACAGAGCAACGCCGUCCUCAACUUGCCGGGUUCUUUACAUAAUACAACAUACGAUAAUUGUGUUCGCUGUAGACAACAGCCUAUAGACGUAUACUGAGGCCCCCGGAUUAUUUUCGACUUAUACGGUCACUUCCCUUGCCCCAUAAUUAUAGUCAGUGGAAGUUUCUACUGUAGCGGAAGUUUCUACUUCGCUAGAUCUCCCGGAGACACUCUGGCAUCAAGGUUAAACACACAAAACGCCACGCAUGGUUCGACAUGACGAUACCUUG